GUGAAUGCGAGGGCGUCUAGUUCAGGGAUUAUGAGAGGCAGCAGGGAGCGCAUUAUAUGUGUAAUUCCUCAGCAGCAGCAGCGUUAUAUUCCUGAGUGCACGUUACAGUGUCUCACGUACCCGCGGUCGCGUCGCUGUCACGGAUGCGAUUAGCCUGUAUAAUUAAUAAUAUCACGGGGACGUGCUGUUCCGUGUGGUGCAUGCUACACACACGCAGGGCACACUUAACCCGAGCCCCGGGGAUCCGGGGUUACAUCAUCGUAAUGCUGAGCUGGUUUUGGAGGAAGCGGUGUGUGUGCGUGUCCUCUCCGCGCUGCAGUGCUGUGUGAUCUGAUCUGCGAGGUCGUGUCUCGCCUCCGCUGUGGAGUGAGCUGCAGCCCGCGAUUCUGAGUGCAGCGUGUAAUCCUCACGACACGCAGAGGCUGAGAGAGAUCCGCUUCACAGAGCACCCGCAGCGCCGCUCUCCCCCGACACCCGAGGCGCGCAUUGUGAGGAUUAUUAAGACCAUGCCAAUGUAAAGGGACGUGUGAUGCCGGUUCAGCGUUUAAUUUGACAAGCUGCGGCUGUGAUGUUGAAGUGUGAUGUGUUUGUAUCGAAUAAUAGCACCCAGUUCACACUGCAGCGUUUACUCGUGUUGUACAGGCGUGCAUCGAGGCUACAGUGCCCCCUACAGUGUAUGUGUGGUAACAACAUGUCGGUGCCGCUUCUUGCAGAGGCUGUGACUGUCUCAGGGACAGAGCGGGAGACCGCAGCGGUGAUUUUCCUGCAUGGACUGGGAGACAAUGGGCAUGGCUGGGCGGACUCCAUGUCGUCGAUUCGGCUGCCCUACGUCAAGUACAUCUGCCCCCACGCGCCCAGAAUCCCUGUCACCCUCAACAUGAGAAUGAUGAUGCCGUCCUGGUUUGACCUGAUGGGUCUGAGCCCUGAAUCUCCGGAGGAUGAAGCUGGGAUCAAGAAGGCAGCCGACAACAUCAAAGCCAUCAUUGAACACGAGGUGAAGAACGGGAUCCCAGCCAAUCGGAUUGUCCUGGGAGGAUUCUCACAGGGGGGCGCUCUUUCUCUCUACACAGCUCUGACGUCGCAGCACAAGCUGGCUGGUGUGGUGGCUCUGAGCUGCUGGCUGCCUCUGCAUAAGAGCUUCCCUCAGGCCUGCAGCAGCAGUGCCAGUCAGUCUGUGGCGGUGCUGCAGUGUCACGGGGAGAUGGACCCCAUGAUCCCGGUACAGAUCGGAGCCAUGACCUCCGAGAAACUCAAGAGCUUCCUGAACCCCCAGAGACUGAGCUUCAAGACUUACCCAGGCAUGAUGCACAGCUCCUGCCCAGAGGAGAUGGCUGCUGUCAAAGAGUUCAUAGAGAGGCAACUCCCACGGGUCUGACCUCCACAUGACCCCCGCAGCGAGGGCCAGCACCCUCUGACCUCUCACCUUUAACCUGCAAGCAGCCAUGGAAGGAAGCAGCCCCCCCCCCCUCGCUCCACCUGCCUCCUCCACCCCCACUCCUUUCAAAGUUCAGGAUUUUUCUGUUUUUUCUGAAGUUGUUUUUAGUUUUGUUUUACAAGAGCUCCUCUGCUGAUGCAUUGCUGUGCUGUGAUCAGCUUCCAAACAGCAGCUCAGCAAGAGCUAGACUGACUGACUGACUGACUGACUGACUGAGACACAGACAGACAGAUAGACAGACAGAUAGACACUUGAUCCAGUACUUUCAGACACAGACCGGUACAAACAGGCUGACCAGCUGCAGAGAGCAGUUCACCUGCUCAACAGUUUCCAGAGCUCGAACCCGUGUCCUUUCUGUACAGCUGGAUCGAUGGACUAAUACAUUCUCUCUCAUCACCUUUCACCUCCCAACCUCCUCCACAAUCUCAGGGUUCAAGUGGAGGUCCGCCACCCUUCCCUCGCAUUAUCAACCCCAGCCUCUCCCUCCCUCCCUCCCUCUCUCAGCUUGAAGGAUUUGCAAACACAUUCCAGUAACUCCUGCGAAACUCUCUCUCCGUGUCUCUGUCUCUCUCCCCCUCUCCCUCUCUCUUCCCCCCCUUUCAGUCUGUCUCUCUCUUUCUCUCUGUGUCUGUCUCUCUCUCUCUCUCUCUCUCCCCCCCUCUUUCUCUCUCCGUGUCUCUGUCUCUCUCUCUCUCUCUCUCUCUCUCUCUCUCUCUCGAUUUAGAAAUAGCUAAAGGAACGUCUCAGAUUCCAGUGCCAGGCGUUCGCCCUGCAAGUCUUUCUCGGUGUGUUUGAAUGUGCAGGUGAUUCCUCGCUCUUAUUAAACACUCUGCAGCGUGGAGUUCAGAAACUCAAAGAAACUCACAGAAUGACGAGCCUUCCAACGAGAACGAGGGAAGACAUCGAGAGAGGCUUCUGGAGCAAACGUUCUGCGCAGAAUUGAAGUUUCUGAAGACGUUCGCACCCCUGUUCGCUCUCUCCUCACCCUUUCAUCCCUUUCUCAUCCUGCGGAAGAUUCCUAAUUAAUUCUGUUAUUGUUCUUUUUUGUUGUGAUGGAGUUUUGAUUAUAAU